AACAGAACUCAGUUGUUUGAGAGCUCCAUUGUCGAGGUUGUUCACAUUCCUUACGGGGAAAUCAUUGUUACAUUGCCCCCUCUCCGUCCAAGACCUCCAAUCUCGACCUGCUACAGCAACAGGUCCUUCGCAGCACAACCACCGGUCCCGCUUCAGGCACUGGAAUACCCCGCGGUAUUCUGCCCGAACAACUGUCGCGUGUCCCCCGCACUCCCUAUCUCUCCCACCACAAACCUUCGCCCACAGCAGCGGCGUCCUGAGCGACCUGAACCGCCACAUUCACUAGAUAGACAGAGAACGUGAACGACGAAUUCGACUCCGCCUCUUGCACCGACUCCCAACCCGCAACCCCGAUUUUUCUCACAACCCCUCCUUCACCGAUCCCCAAAUCGAACGACCCGUAGCAAUCAUGUCUUCCGCACGAGGCCGCGGCGGCAAGUUCAACAAGCACAAGAGAGGUGGAGGGAAGCACUAUUCGCGCGACUUGCAGCCGCUGAAUGCGGAUGGUGAAGUCAUGGGCAUGUGGGAUAUCCAAGCCACCAAAACCAAACCCAUCGACGAAGAAUCCUCCGAAGAAGACGAAGACGAGGAAGAAGAGGAAUCCUCCGAAGACGAGGCCGGCCCCGCCCAACCCCAACAGGAGGAAAUGACGCGCGAACAGCGCCGCGCGGCCGCCAAAGCCCGCAAAGCCGCCGCCAUCGCGAAGCAGCAGCAAAAAGUCGCCGCACCGGGCGACCUCCCCACGGACAGCGAGGAGGAAGAGGAAGACGCCGGCGAGGGUUCGGACGACGACGACAUGCCCGCGAAUCCGAACCACACGGCCAAAGCCCGAAGUCAGGCUGCUAAGCCGUCCGCCGCCGCCGAGGACGGCGACGACAAGGGCAAGAAGAAGGCCGUGGAUCCGAGCCAGCUGUCGCGCCGGGAGCGCGAGGCCCUGCAGGCGCAGCAGGCGAGGGAGCGGUACGAGAAGUUGCACGCCGAGGGAAAGACGGACCAGGCCAGGGCGGAUCUGGAGCGGUUGCGGCUGGUGAGGGAGAAGCGGGAGGCGGAUGCGGCGAGGAAGAAGGCCGAGGCGGAGGAGAGGGCGGAGCACGAGAGGGCCAAGAAGGAGCAGCUGGAGAGGGAGGCGAAGAGGAGGGAGCAGGCGGCUAUGAAGAAGGCGCCGAAGAAGGGGGCGAAGAGGAAGUAGAGGUUGGAAGUUGGAUUGUAUAUCGCCAUGGGCGUUUGUCGGCUUGGAGCGAGAGGUGAUUUGCCGCGAGGAUGGACUUGGGUACAUACAGAUUGCGAUUCGGAUCAUGAUAGAAAUGCAUGGAGUAGUCUGGCUCUUGUGGAGUCGGGUUCUCACGUUUGUUUCCUCAUUGAAGGGCGC